AUGUCUAAGGUGGCGACUCCGUCCGGAUCCGCACCUGGAGCCGGGGCGUCGGCGUCGUCGGCGCCCGGCUCGGAAAGUUGCGCGGCGGGUGUGGCCGAAGACCUCUCCAAGGUGUCGGACGAGGAGCUGCUGAAGUGGACCAAGGAGGAGCUGAUCCGGAGCCUGCGCAAGGCGGAGUCGGAGAAGAUGAGCGCCAUGCUGGACCACAGCAAUCUCAUCCGCGAGGUCAACCGGCGCCUGCAGCUUCACCUGGGCGAGAUCCGGGGACUUAAGGUACACACCUGGGAGAGAGGGGAUGGAGAGGGGAGGCCAGGGAGGGAGUAGUCUAAUUUCUGCCGGGUGUCAGAGAGGCAGGAUGUUUCUGGCUUCCCAGCUCUAGGAAUCACAGCUGGGGAGAGAGAUCUGGUUGGCCACUGGGAGAGUAUCCCUCCAAUAAUUUUUAAAAAUGUAGGAGCUAGCCGACCUGGCUGGAAGAGUCCGUGACCAAAAGGAGGAGGAUUAUCAGGAAGAACGGACGAAAUUUAAAGAAUAUUUAGUUAAAUAUGUUAAGUUAAAUUAACUGGAAAAGCUUGCAAAUACCAGAUAGGCCUAGGAUUUAAAUAUGUAAUGGGAUGAAUUAAUAUGUUUAAUGCUGAAUUGGAAAGAAAGAAAGAUGUUAAGUGAUUAAGUUAGUUUUAUAAGAAUAUUGGUUUUGGAAAACCGUUAAAAUGAUAUACACUGAAAUUCAACCAGGGGGAUACGAGGAAGUCACUUAACAAUGUUACUAAGUUUGGUUCCAAUACGGUUGAGAUUUAUGUUUGUUUGUUUGUUUAUUGAUUUUUUGGAAAAUCAAUAAAAUUUUCCAAAAAAAGAGAGAAUUUUUAAAAAUGUCUUUAGGUGGAGAAUCCAAAUGGCAUCCAUCUCUCUCACUUGCUUCCCACUGGGAAGUUCUUCUCUUGAAUUACUGAACAGCUGCUGGGAGACUUUCCACCCGGGAGAUUCAUCUGUCUCCCAUUCUGUCGUCUCCAAAAUCUGCCAGCUGAGAUUGGUUUGCCUCAUGCUAGUGUUGCCUCUGCCUCUUUGCCGUGAAAACAAUGUUUCCUUGGUCUUAGAUGCCGGCCGUCCCUCUCCAAAAAGAAACAAACAGUUAUUGCUUUGAUUGCUAGGACUCACAGAAUCGUAGUGUUGGAAGGGACCCCGAGGGUCAUCUAGUCCAACCCUGUGCAAUUCAGGAAUCCUACCCUGGGUGGGCUUGAACCACCAACCUUCUGGUUAAGAGCCAUGCACUCUGACCCAUUGCGCCACAGAGGUGCCUCAGUCCUAGAGCAUGUGGAGUAAGGUUAAUGUGUAACCUUUGAGAAUGUGCAGAGUGCAGUCAGCACUGAGUGAUGGGUUAGGAACAGCUUAAGGUCACCCAAGUGAGGUUCAUGGCUGAAGUAGGGAUUUGAACGCUGGUCACCCAGGUCCUAGUCCAUGACUCUAACCACUAUGCCACACUGCCUCCCAAUGCAUGUUGGAGAAUGUCCCUUGGAGAAUGUUCAGAGGUCAGGAGGUGCUGGUCUAGUGAAUUGGGGGCAGUGACUGCCUACAUAUGUCUCCCCUCCCUAAUUCCUUGAAUGCAAAUAGACCUAAUGGACGCCUCAGUUCUUCUUCCCCUACCCCUGAAGGCACCAUUUCUUCCAGCCAUUGUAGAAGAUGAAUCUUCCUGGCCAUCUUCUGGCCUUCAAAAACUGAUUUUGGCAUAUCCCCUGUAAAUGUGUUGCAUAUAGAUUGUGAUUUUGGGGCAUUAUGAGUACUUAGACACUGUCUCCAUUUAACAGAUCCUUGCCCCCCGCCUGGAAAGUUUAUCAGAUGUCAAGCUGAUUACUGGUUAAACUGGAAAGAGACUCUGUGAGUAGAGUCGGGUGGGGGGUGCCCUGAGUCUUUUGAUAUUCUUGCUUCAUGGUUUGGACCCACAGCCUUGAGCCCCUGGGAGAAUAAGGAGAGCCCUGCUGGCUCAGACUGGAGGUUAUAGAUCAGGCUUCCUCAACCUCGGCCCUCCAGAUGUUUUGAGACAAUUAUUAUUAUUAUUAUUAUUAUUUAUACCCCGCCCAUCUGGCUGGGUUUCCCCAGCCACUCUGGGCGGCUUCCAACACAAUAUUAAAAUACAGUGAUGCUUCAAACAUUAAAAGCUUCCCUAAACAGGGAACAGACUACAAUUCCCAUCAUCCCUGACCACUGGUCCUGCUAGCUAGGGAUCAUGGUAGUUGUAGGCCAAAAACAUCCAGAGGGCUGAGGUUGAGGAAGCCUGUUAUAGAUAAUAGAAUCUUAGAGUUGGAAAAAUCCUGCGGGUCAUCUAGUCCAACCCCCUGCAAUGCAGGAAUAUGCAGCUGUCCCGUAUCGGGAUUGAACCUGCAACCUUGGCGUUAUCAGCAGCAUGCUCUAAAUGAGGUCCAUUUUCUCCUGCAUCCUGUUUCCUGAAACAGCCAACCAAAUGUCUCUGGGCAACCAGAAGGCAGGGCAUGAAGGCAGUAGCCCUCUUCUGGCGUUGCUCCCCAGCAAACCAAUGUUUGGUGGUAUACCGCCUGGAGGCUCUGUUGAGCUGUCCUAUGCACCAGGGACAAGCUCAUUUUCAGAGUGCUUAUCCCUUCCUAGCCAAAUCAGCAUUAUCCAUGCACAAGAGGGAGGGGCGGCAGGCCUGGGGUGACCCCAGGGUUUGCAGAAUUGCCCCCCUAAAAAAAAAAAAAAACUUAGGGGGAAAAUCUGUUUUAGAAACCACCUCAUUGGACUGAGUAUGCUGAGGAUCUGCUGCAGGAGAUAGGAAGUGGAAUGGAGUAUCUUGCAAAAGGGCAUGGCUGGCUGCUUGGAGCACUGAACGGGAGUAUUCCACGCUGCACCAUUUUGUUGCAGGUCCCACUUAUCAUGACUAACUGUUACUUUAUUGCCAGAGCGAGGGCUUUACUAUUAGGAACUUUUUUUUCCAUCUAGGGAGAAAAUCCACUUUGGAAUCCAUUAUCAGAAUCCUUAAUGCACAGUGGAUUUUUUGCAGGAGAUGAUGUCUGAGUAGGAGCCUGAACAUUGUGUCUGCUUAAGGAGCUUCUGCCUGCAAGAAUUUCUCCACCGCAGAAUUUGCAUUGCCACAUGAUCUUCUUUUUUCAUAAUUAAAACAUGUGUCCUCUUUGCCUAUUCCACCCUGGAGGAAAGAUGCUCUGUCGGAAUGGGGUGUUCAUUGGCUGGCACAGGGGAGGUGGGAAUAUGAGGGGCACUUGGAAAGACUGAUAAUGGAUGGCUGAAAAAUAUUAGCGCCAAACCAGGGAAAUCUGUGGCAGUUGGGAAUAUGCCACUCCUGAGAUGCUGCUCUGGCUUCACUUAUUACUUACCACCCUGCCCUUCCUCUAAGAAACUUCUCUGUCUGCCCCUUGCGUAAGUCUCUGACAUUUCCGGUCCAAAAAAUGUCUGGAUGGAAAAAAACCCUCCUAGCCUGGCAUUCUGAAGAGCCAACAGCCUGAGUCUAUAUAGAGCAUCUUCCCACUUUUAUGUGGUCCAGCUUAGAUGCAUGGGACUAGACCUGCUUAGCCCCAGCAGCUGAAAUGAGGCAGUUCAGUGUGGUGGUUCGAUUCAGGUGUCAGACAGAGCUGGGAACCCAAGAUUUGAAUCCCGCUUCAGCUGUGAAGCUCAUGGGGUUAACUUGGACCAGUCAUUUUCUGGGUUGUUGUGAGACUAAAGGAGGUGGUUUUGCGUGUGUGGAGAACUAUAUGAUGUCUUGAUCUUUUGGGGGAAAGGGUUGAAUUGAAUUUUAUUAUUACGGUCACAGACCAGUUCCGGCUCACUUACAAUGCCAGGAAAAUCAUAAAAUACAAAGGAAUACAUUGAAUUGCGAUUGGCUAUAACAGUGACAAUUCAGAUACAGCGGCAGUUUAAAAUAUAUAUUAAAUCUUGAUCACUACAAUAUAACCUAAAUUUGUCAUUUAAAACCUUAAUCAUUUUGGUAGUACAGCUUGUUCCCUAAGUUUUAUGGCAGUCGCACAGAAUUUGGCCACCCUUAGCGUGAUCUCUAGAUCCUUGUCCUCUACCAGGAGUUUUAGACAUUGAAGUUUGGACCCAUUUGGAGGGGGGAAAGGAUUAAUAAACGUGAUGGUGAUGAUGACGACAACAACAAGUACCUCUUAUUUCUGCACUGUUUGAGCAACAUCCAGCCACCUGUGGUCCUCUGCAGUUUAUGUUCCCCCAAUACUUCCUUCCCAUCCUAUGGUGUUUAAGUCAUGAUUGAGUGGAGAUAGCUCAGUCGGUAGAGCACAAGACUCUUAAUCUCAUGGUUGGGGGUUUGAGCCCUACUUUGGGCAAACAAUUCCUGUAUUGCAGAGGGUUGGACUAGAUGACCCUCGGGUUCCCUUCCAACUCUACAAUUCUACGAUUGCCCUUAAAAGGUAAAGGGACCCCUGACCAUUAAGUCCAGUCGUGGCCGACUCGGGGGUUGCGGCGCUCAUCUCACUUUCUUGGCCGACGUCCAGCUUCCGGGUCAUGUGGCCAGCAUGACUAAGCUGCUUCUGGUGAACCAGAGCAGCGCACGGAAACGCCGUUUUACCUUCCCGCCAGAGUGGUACCUAUUUAUCUACUUGCACUUUGACGUGCUUUCGAAUUGCUAGGUUGGCAGGAGCUGGGACCGAGCAAAGGGAGCUCACCCCGUUGUGGGGAUUCGUACCGCCGACCUUCUGAUCGGCAAGUCCUAGGCUCUGUGGUUUAACUCAUAGCACCACAAUUGCCCUUACAUCCCACCUUUUCCCCCAGUGAGAUCCAAGGUGCCAUACAUGGUUUUCUCCCAUUUCAUUUAAAUGCCACAACAUCCCUGCGAGGUAGGUUCGCCUGAGAAGCAGUGCCUGUCCCAAGGUCAUGCAGUGAGCUUCAUGGCCGAGUAGGGAUUCGAACCCUGCUCUUAAUAGCACCUGCGUAAAUCCAGGAAAGGAACUGUGGUCCGCAAAGAGUCAGCUUCUCCCCAUUUAAAUAGUUCCUCCUCUGGGUCGUGGGUUUGAGCCCCAUGUUGGGUAAAAGAUUCCUGCUUUGCAGGGGGUUGGAAUAGAUGACUCUUGUGGUCCCUCCCAGCUCUCCAUUUCUUUGAUUCCCAUGUUGGUGGUUGAGAAAGAGACACCUACACACCACCAGCUUUUUGUAAAGCUCCCCUGUGUGAUCACCUGGAGAGAAUUCUUGUGCGUUCUAGGCGAUCAGGAGAGCACAUGUGUAGACUUUAAGACAUGGGUAGACAAACUAAGGCCCAGGGGCCAGAUCCGGCCCAAUUGCCUUCUAAAUCCGGCCUGUGGACGGUCCGGGAAUCAGCGUGUUUUUACAUGAGUAGAAUGUGUCCUUUUAUUUAAAAUACAUCACUGGGUUAUUUGUGUGGCCUUCCUGGUGUUUUUACAUGAGUACAAUGUGUGCUUUUAUUUAAAAUGCAUCUCUGGAUUAUUUGUGGGGCAUAGGAAUUUGUUCAUUCCCCCCCAAAAAUAUAGUCUGGCCCCCCACAUGGUCCGAGGGACAGUGGACUGGCCCCCUGCUGAAAAAGUUUGCUGACCCCUGCUUUAAGAAGCCUUUGCAAAAAGAAAAGAAAAAGUUUGUUGCUUGCCUCAUUGGCUUUUUGUUGUUGCUGUUGUUUAGUCGUUUAGUCGUGUCCGACUCUUCGUGACCCCCUGGACCAGAGCACGCCAGGCGCUCCUGUCUUCCACUGCCUCCCCCAGUUUGGUCAAAGUCAUGCUGGUAGAUUCGAGAACACUGUCCAACCAUCUCGUCCUCUGUCGUCCCCUUCUCCUUGUGCCCUCCAUCUUUCCUAACAUCAGGGUCUUUUCCAGGGAGUCUUCUCUUCUCAUGAGGUGGCCAAAGUAUUGGAGUUUCACGAUCUGUCCUUCCAGUGAGCACUCAGGGCUGAUUUCCUUCAGAAUGGAUAGCUUUGAUCUUCCUGCAGUCCAUGGGACUCUGAAGAGUCUCCUCCAGCACCAUAAUUCAAAAGCAUCAAUUCUUCGGCGAUCAGCCUUCUUUAUGCUCUCACUUCCAUACAUCACUACUGGGAAAACCAUGGCUUUAACUAUACGGACCUUUGUUGGCAAGGUGAUGUCUCUGCUCUUUAAGAUGCUGUCUAGGUUUGUCCUUGCUUUUCUCCCAUUGCCUUUUAGAGUGCCACAACUCACAUCCUUUAACGGGCUUUUACAAGAUUGCAAGAUUUUUGUCCUGAUCUCCCUCCCAUAGCCCUUUGAAGCAUUUCCAGUGGUUCCCCUUCCUUGUUGCUACUUGCCUAGUCCUAUCCAGCUUCACACCACAUCUGUUUAUACUAGUUCCUUCUGGUGGGUUGUGCAUGUGCGGCAAAAGAAAGGAAGAAAAGUCAUCUUGUUUGCUUUGCAAAUGGUUAGUGGAUUGCUGAGUUAAUGGGCUGUAUGGAUUAUUAUUUAUGGUGCUGGAGGAGACUCUUGAGAGUCCCAUGGACUGCAAGAAGAUCAAACCUCUCCAUUCUGAAGGAAAUCAGCCCUGAGUGCUCACUGGAAGGACAGAUCCUGAAGCUGAGACUCCAAUACUUUGGCCACCUCAUAGGAAGAGAAGACUCCCUGGAAAAGACCCUGAUGUUGGGAAAGAUGGAAGGCACAAGGAGAAGGGGACGACAGAGGACGAGAUGUUUGGACAGUGUUCUCGAAGCUACCAGCCUGAGUUUGACCAAACUGCGGGAGGCGGUGGAAGACAGGAGUGCCUGGCGUGCUCUGGUCCAUGGGGUCACGAAGCGUCGGACACGACUAAACGGCUAAAUAACAACAAAUGGAUUAUUUUGUGUGCUUUACCCUAAUGCAGUCCCCACUUGUCAAGAAAGGCAGAGGAGAAGAAACUGUGGAAAGGAAGGUGGAAAAAAUAUAUCUUCACCCUCCUCCCUCCCCAGAAAAGCUCUUUCCGGGUGGUUAUAUUUAGUGACAUCCCCGGCUGACUAUUGAUCCAGCCGGCGGAGGAGGGAUAUAAAACUUUGAAAUGAUGUACUCAAUUGACCCGGCGACAAGCAGGGCAGCUGGGAAGAGGAAGGGCGAACAAGGAACGGCUGCCGAACUUCGCACUUGGGUCAUUUCAGGAGACCGAGGAAGCUGCCUGAUACCAAGUCAGGCGAAUGGCCCAUCUUAGCUCAGGAGUGCCUACACUGGUUGGCAGCAGCUCUCCAGAGUUUCAGGACUAGGGGGACCUUCCUAGUCCUUUCUGGAGAUACCCUGAUAUUGAACCUCUGAUGCUCCGCAUGCAGGAUGCUCCUCUGUAGGCUAUUUUUUUCACCUGUAAAGGGGGAAAUUUGGAGAAUCUCUUGGAGUGAAAAAAGCAGCUUGCAGAGGGCAAUUUUGAACGGGAAAAUUUCUGAAGGGUUAAGUAGUCCAUCUUCUGGAUCACAGUAGGGGAGGUAAAUGUUACAUUCCCCCCUCCACACCGGUAUUCCUUCUUUUCAUAAGGGUAGUGCCUGGGGAUGGAGGGCAUCUCUGCAGCUUUUAAUUCAUUACAGCUGCCGUCUUCUGGCGUAGGGUUUCUUCCAGGGGACAUUCAAAACAUAGUGUGAAGGACUUCACAGGACCCGACCUUUCCAAAGGCCAGUGCAGGAGUUUCCUUGGUGUCCGCAAAUUGCAAUCUUCUUUGGAGUUUGCUUAGGGACGUGGGUGGCGCUGUGGGUUAAACCACAGAGCCUAGGACUUGCUGAUCAGAAGGUCAGCGGUUCGAAUCCCCGCGACGGGGUGAGCUCCCGUUGCUCGGUCCCUGCUCCUGCCAACCUAGAAGUUUGAAAGCACAUCAAAGUGCAAGUAGAUAAAUAGGUACCGCUCUGGCGGGAAGGUAGACGGCAUUUCCGUGCACUGCUCUGGUUUGCCAGAAGCGGCUUAGUCAUGCUGGCCACAUGACCCGGAAGCUGUACGCCAGCUCCCUCGGCCAGUAAAGCGAGAUGAGCGCCGCAACCCCAGAGUCGGCCACGACUGGACCUAAUGGUCAGGAGUCCCUUUACCUUUACCUGAUGUGCUCCUGAUUUUUAUUAGCUUUCCUCCUGUUGAUGCCAUUUUAAAACACCUUCACACUAAAGGCUAAGGCAGGGGGCGGCAAUUAUUUUUAGCCGCGGGCUGGUCCACUGUCCCUCAGACCUUGGUGGCAGGAGAAGCAGCACCGGGGGGCGGGAAGCUGGAAGAAGAGGCGAGGGGGGCAAGCAAUCCUCACCCCCAGCCCCAGCCGCUGUGCUUAACUUCCCUGGGGCUGCCACCACCACCACUGCUGCUAUUUCUUGUGGGUAGGCAGAGCGAGCUCGUCUGCUUCGCUCUCUGGCCCACAGGAGCACCAGGGCGGUGGUUGGGGGGGGGGAAAUGGGCGGCGCAAAAGGGCUGGCUCCGGAAAGGGGCUGCUUAAAAUGGUGCUCAGCCAGCUCAGCCCAGUCCCCUUCCUCCUCUAGGCAAGGCGAGGAGAAGAUAGGAGGAGGGAGGGAGGAGGCGCCGCCAUUGUGUGUGUGACGGAGAGGGGGGGGGGAAUGGAAUGGUGCCAGGGGAAAAAUGGCGCAGCCCGAGCGAACAGAAUCUUCACGCCGAUCCACAGACAGUCCGCUGCCUGGAUCCUGAAGGCAAUUGGGCCUGAUCUGACCCUCAGACCUUAGUUUGCUGACCCCUGGGCUAAGGCAUAUUUAUUUUUUAAUUAAUUUUUUAUUAAUUUUCAACGUAUCAUUUUCAACAAUAAUUAAACAUACAGUGGUACUUCGGGUUAAGUACUUAAUUUGUUCUGGAGGUCCGUUCUUAACCUGAAACUGUUCUUAACCUGAAGCACCACUUUAGCUAAUGGGGCCUCCUGCUGCUGCCGUGUCACCGGAGCACGAUUUCUGUUCUCAUCCUGAAUGAAAGUUCUUAACCUGAGGUACUAUUUCUGGGUUAACGGAGUCUGUAACCUGAAGCGUAUGUAACCUGAAGCGUGUGUAACCUGAGGUACCACUGUACUUUAACUUCUUAUACAAUUUUUUUUACUUCCAUCAAUCACAUCUGAAAUUUUUCCAAUCUAAUUACUUAAUUUACAUUUCUUAUUUUCAUUAUUACAUUUAAAUCUCAUAUCUAAUACCUCUCUUCUUUGCAAUAUUUCAUAUAUUUCUCCUUACAAAACUUCUUGUAGCCCUACUAGCGUAAUUUGUUGAUUACAAUUGCUCUUCAAAUAGUUUGUAUAUUUCUUCCAAUCUUCUGUAAAUCUCUGGUCCUGCAGGUUUCGAAUCCUUCCUGUCUUUUUAUCCAAUUCUGCGUAGUCCAUUAAUUUUAUCUGCCGUUCUUCUUUCUUUGGUAUUUCUUCUUGCUUCCAUUUCUGAGCCAACAAUACUCUUGCCGCUGUGGGCUAAGGCAUAUUUAACAUCACUAACACCAAAGUUCAGUCCCCGUAUUGGACAACUGCAUAUUCCUGUAUUGCAGGAGAUUGGAGUAGAUGAACCUCAGAGUCCCUUUGAAGGAAUGGGUUUCUGUGCAGUCAGUUUAAAACUGACUUGAACCCCGCCCCCCUCUGCGUUGCUCCCGGACGGGAGGGAAGGAAGUCAAAUGACACCGAGGGUUGGUUCCAAGAAAGAGUUUAUUCUGCUCUCCGGAUAGCAGAACGCACUUGCGUGGUCAGUCCACAGCAAGUCCAAAGAAAUGAGAAAUUUCAUGCAGUAUAUAUAUCCUCCAGGCACCCUCUCCCCCUUCCCCAGAAAUCCAAACACGUCAGCCUAUGUACGCAGGUUGACAUCACAUAUGUUCCUGCUCUGGUAUUCUUAACCAUAAAAGGGUAUUCCUUCCUGUACUUCUGACCAUAAAAGGAUCUUCCUGUUCCUACUCUUAUCUUGGAGCAAGAGGUCAUCAUCUCCGAGAACACACUCUGGCGCUGUUCCCAGACUGGGUCUUUUCGUUUUUGUGGUCAGGACAUAAGAUAAGGCACAGACGUGUCUUCUCUGUUCUACUGGUAUAGUCAAGGCUUUGCUUGCCAUCACAAACUGAUAAAGGAGAGGACUCUGAGCAUUUGUUUAUACAUCUGAGCCUUUUGACUCAAGAGCUCAAGUUUAUGCAUUUUAGAAAUGCUAAGAAGAAAAGGGGGCGGGGUUCGAGUCAUUCUUAAACUGACUGCACAGAAACCCAUUCCUUCACCUUCUGUGAUUCUGCUUUUGCCGCAAGUCUUGGCCGCAGCGCUGUGCAGACAGGAACUGUAUUCUAACCCCACUUUCCUGGGAGUAAGCUUAAUUAAAUUCAAUAGGGAUUAGAGAUGAGAGCUAAUUUUGUGCUGAAAGUCAUGCUCCCAGCUCCCUGUAGUCCACCGAUUUCAAUAGAUCUACUUUUGAGUAUAACUUGGUGGGAUACUAAGAAGUUAAGCCAGGCUCUCCUGUACAGUAGUUUGCAAAUUCUGCUUAGUUUUUUCCCUCCUCACUGGAGUCUUGAAAGGUUUUGAUAGAAGAGGGGAAAAAGAGGGAUUAGCCUCAAUUCCUACCUCUGGCUCUCCUGAUAUUGUUCUUUCUCCUAGAGAAAAAAGGUAGGUAGCAGAAGAUUUAUUUAACACUGUAGCUGGAAGACAGGCUAAAUCUGUUCCUCUACCCAUUUUACAAGGAAAAUAGAAAAGCUUCAUAGAUUUUUCUUCCUAAGGGUGGACUGUUGAGUUAAGCUCGCGUUUUAUCACCCACUGAUUAUUCUUCCUGGAAUUCUUUCUACAAAAGGAUAGUCACUGGUAUUAUAUUUUUUUUUAAUAAACCUUGACUGUACUGAGUUUGUGUUGGCCCAAAAUAUAUUUCUGCAGUAAAGGCCAGCGGUCUGCAGCUUAAAAGGAACCGUAAAGAUGGACUAUCCUGACUUUUUUGUUUGUUUCGAAGAUGCAGUAGAACUUCCUCUGGAGUGAUUCUAGCACACUGGUGGCCCAGUUUGCACUUUCAAGUAGCAAAACAUCAUUUGCAACAAUCCUCUAAACAUUACGUGCUUUUAAAAGAGUUUUAAAUUUAAUUUUCAGUGAUUGAUUACAGUUUCUACAAUUCAAGAUGUACCGUAUUUUUCCGUGUAUAAGACGCCCCCGUGCAUAAGACGACCCCUAUUUUUAAAACCAAAAUUAAGAAAUUAAGUUGUUUAGCUUUUUGUGGGGUUGGGGUGGGGAGGGCGGGGUAUAAAUAAAAAUUUACUUGCUUGCUUACUUACAGAUGUCAAGGAAAUAAACAACUAUUUGUCUUUUAGAAGACAUCUGAAAGCAACCCUGUAUUGGGAAAUGUCUAAUGAUAAAACAAAUGUCUCAUGUUUUACCAUUUUUUAUGGUAAGCCACCCAGAGUGGCUGGGGAAACCCAGCCAGAUGGGCGGGUAGUAAAUAUUAUUAUAAUAAAUAUUAUUAUGAUGAUGAAGGUGCAUCUGCAUCAGCAUGGCCUGAUGCCUUCAUCUGCCCCAGUUGCAACUAAAAAUGUCUCUCCUGUAUCAAUCAGUCUCUACAGCCACAGCAGGGCUGUAAUUCUCCAACCGUUUGACUUCACCCCUGAAGGCACACUCUGACUGUCUCCUGAGACAGAUGGAUGCCAACAGCAGCAACAGUUCAGGGUGUUGGACUAGAUGAUCCUUGGGGUCUCUUCCAUCUCUGUGAUUCUGUGUGGGAGGGAAUGGCAGGUGGAAAAGCUUGUAAUAUUCCUCUGUGUUUAGCUUCAGCUUGUUUCCCGUGAGACAUGGAUGUUGAUCAGACGAGAGUCUUCCCCUUGCUAACCUAUUGUUUUCUCUCUUUGCUCCUCUCUCUUUUGAAGGACAUCAACCAGAAACUGCAGGAGGACAACCAGGAGCUGCGAGACCUUUGCUGCUUCUUGGACGAUGACCGGCAGAAAGGCAAGAAGGUUUCCCGUGAGUGGCAGAGGCUCGGCCGGUACAGCGCGGGCGUCAUGCACAAGGAGGUGUCCCUGUAUCUUCAGAAGCUGAAGGAGCUGGAAGUUCGGCAGGAGGAGGUGGUGAAGGAGAACCUGGAGCUGAAGGAGCUCUGCGUCCUGCUGGACGAGGAGAAGGGCGGUGUUGCCGGUUGCCGAAACUCGAUCGACAGCCAGGCCAGCCUCUGCCAGCUCAAUGCCACGAGCGCCUUCAUCAGGGACGUCGGAGACGGCAGCAGCACCUCCAGCACCGGCAGCACGGACAGCCCUGACCACCACAAGCACCACCCGAACUCGAGUCCCGAGCACCUCCAGAAGGCGAGGAGCGAGGGGAGCCCCGAGCAUCAGAAACACCGCAGCGCCAGCCCCGAACACCUCCACAAACCCCGCGGCUCCGGCAGCCCCGAUCACCAGAAACACCUGAAAGGACCCAGCCCAGAGCACCACAAGACUCUCGGGAAGGGGGCCGUGGAGCAGCAGAAGCACAGCUGCAGCAGUCCGGAAACGCUGCCGAAGCACUUGUUGAGUGGCAGCCCCGAACACUUUCAGAAACACAGGCCUGGCAGCAGUCCGGAACACCAGAAGCACAGCGCUGGAGGCGGCAGCCCCGAACUUCUCCACAAACACGCUCUGAGCGGGAGCUCUGAGCACCUCCCGAAAGCGAGGGGGACCAGCCCCGAACAUCUCAAGCAGCACUAUGGCGGAAGCCCGGACCACCUCAAGCACUUGGGGGGCAGCAGCAGCAGAGAAGGCACCUUAAGGAGGCCAGUGACGGAUGACCUCUCUCCCCAUCACCGAGGCCUCUACAAUGGGAUGAACGGUGAGUCCAUGUUAUUUUUUCUUAUUGCAAUGAUGAUGUCGAAGGGGUCGUCUUUCCUCUUUGCGUGUGUGCAAAUUACGGAAGCGUCGAGGUGGGGGAAGGCGCCCAUUUCUGUACGUACGUGAUGGGAGGCUUCUUGCGCAGCGCGAAGCAGGAACCGCACAGCCAAGGCUGCAGUCACCCCCGGUGA